AUGGGGGAAGGCGGAGUGAAACUCCCACCUCGCUCGACGCGAGGUCGCCGGAUGACGCGCAUGCUCGAAGACGAAGACUCCGCGGACGAAGAGUUCUGGAACCAAGACGCGUUCAAAGAAGAACACGAAGACAGCGAGUACGAAAGCGAGGAAGAAGUCGCGGACGUUUUUGAUAAAGAUUUCGACGAGGAGGAAACGAGCGAAGACGAGGAGGAAGUGGAAGUGCGAACGGAACGACGGAGGAAGACGAUGAAAGCGCCGGAAAGAAACGAGGCGACGAAGAAGAAGAAACAAGGUGCGAGUGAUAUUGCUGCUACCGCUGCUGCUGGUGGUGGUAGUGGUGCGUAUCAAGAACAAGAACAACAACGACAAGAACAACAGACGGCGACGACGGAGCCGGCGGUGGUCAUACCGCAGGAACUUCGAGUCUCGUCGCGCGCGUCCGCGAAGGAGAUUCGCGAAAGGUCCGAGGCGUUGCAAAGAGAGAGAAAGUCGAGACCGCAAAUCGUGCGACCGAAGGUGGAGUACGUCGUUCCGACCAUGGAGGAGAUGAUCAAAGAGGCGAAGAUUACGGAGAAGAAGAAUUUAAUCGAGUUGGAGCACUUGUUGCACUUGGAGGAAGAGCAGAAGAAGAAGAAUCAGAUGAUGGAUAGGAAAAAGCGGUACGACGGACCGGCGAUUCGGCAGAGAAGUUUGAAAGGCGAUAAACCCGGGAAGAUUGUGUACGAGUUAAUCCGAGGCGCGGUGAGUGAGAGAGACGCGCCGGAGUUUUAUUUGAGAAGCGAAGAUCAAGCGCCGUCGACUUCGGCGAAAGAGGAGAAAAUUUGCGCGAUUACCGGGUUACCGGCAAAGUAUCGCGAUCCGAAAUCAGGGUUGUAUUACGCCACGAUUGAUGCGUUUAAGCAGUUGCGGUUGCAACAGGAGAAGAAAGAGGCGGAAGAGAAGGAGAACGCGACGAUAGAUGUAGAGGUAAAAGUAGAAGACGGACAAGAACAAGAACGGGAACAACCACCAACGCGCAGGUCGAUUUGGGAUCCACCCAUUCCAGGGGCGUUGACGCAUCGCGAAAUCGCGCAAAUAGCCAAGAAGAAAGCCGAAAAGGAAGAGCAAGCCGCGAUGCAAGCGUUUUUGAAGCAGCAAGAGGAGGCUAAAGCCGCCGCGGCGGCGUUGCGCAGAGAAAAACAAGGCAAACCGGCGAAGGUCGCGCCGCAGGCGAAGCGCACAAAGGCGCAAAUCAAGAAAGCGAAGGAGGCGAUGAAACGAGAAGAGGAAGAGAACAAAGAUUUGCGAGGUCCUGGUCGAUGGUUGUCUUUGAAGACUAUAUUGGCGAGGCCAGAGUUGGACGUCCCAGCAACUGGUCCUCGAUACCCUCGACCAGUGCUCGAAGGCUUCUCGAAACCGGGCAUCCCGCAGUACGUCGUCCCGACGCCGAAAUCGAUCGACGAACGACCACUCGACGAAAAAGACAUUAAAAUCGAACAACCAAACUUCGACAACGGCAAUCGUGGUGCUACCAUUGCAGUUGUUGGUGGUGAAGAUACCGUGGAGAUUGAAGGUAUUCAUUCCCGGGAUAUGGAUCACAUCGACGCCUGCGAUAUCAUGGCCAUCGAAGACAACGAAGAGGAAGACGACGCGAUGACAAACUCGGAUGAUUUCACCGUCGAAGAUGCCUCGGACGACGAAGAAGACGACGAAGGUACGAUCGAAGAAGACGAACGCGCGGCUUUAGAGGAGGACGACGAGCGUUUGAAUAUAACUGCCGAGGAGGAAAAGAACGCGCUCGAGGACGAGGCGAACAUCCCAAUCGAAGAACUCAUGCGCCGAUACCAAUCGAACAAUCGACAGUUUGGGCAAAAAGAACCGUCUCCAUCGCCGGAAAACUCCUCUGACUUUGAUCGAGACGAAGACGAAGAUGAUUCUGAAGAUAACGAAUCGACGUUAGAGGAGGACGAAAAAGCGCUUCAAGAAGACGAAGACAUGUUAGAUGCGGACGAGGAAAAGAAACGUUUGGAAGACGAAGCGAACAUGCCCAUCGAAGAGUUGAUGGCGAGGUACCAGCAACAGCAAAAUAAAGGCUAG